AUGCCAGACUCGGAAAUCUACACGAACCCCAGAGCAAAGACAUGGGAAUACAGUGUGAAGUCUGAUAGAGGACUUGCUCAAGCCUUCCACCGAAGGCUGCCGGGGUACAAGCAAACGCCAUUGAUCCCUCUCCCUGGAGUUGCAGAAGAGCUCGGCGUGCAUGGAGUAUUUGUGAAAGACGAAAGCAGUAGACUCGGAUUACCGGCGUUCAAGAUCCUAGGAGCAUCAUGGGGCACAUUCCGUGCAGUUGCAGAGAAGAGCGGGCUCUCUCUUGACUCAAGUCUUGAAGAGGUAGCCGCGGCAGCGGGCCGAUCAGACACGGUUCUCUUCGCCGCCACGGAAGGAAACCAUGGCAGAGCUGUUGCCAGAAUGGGCAAGAUCCUGCAUGUGCCCGUGCAGAUCUUCAUGUCCAGGUUCGCCAACCGCGAGACAUGUGAAAAGAUUGAAAGUGAGGGCGCCCAAGUAACAGUGCUCACUGGGACCUACGACGACGCCCUGGCCAAGGCGUUGGAAGAGUCUCGAAAGAAUCCAAACGGGCUGCUGAUUCAGGACAAUGCGUUCGACGGAUACGAGCAGAUCCCGACCUGGAUUGUGGAGGGUUAUUCGACUCUCCUGGCCGAGCUGGAUCAACAGCUCGAACAACAGCAUCUCAAGGCAACGACUGUUGUGACUCCAAUUGGAGUCGGCUCGCUCGGUCAUGCAGUGGUGGCUUAUUGCAAGUCUGAUGCGAGGCACAUACAUGUGUUAACAGCCGAACCAGAGACCGCUGCAUGUCUGCACCACAACCUAAAAGCGGGCAAACGGUUCACAAUCGAGACAUCGGCUACGAUAAUGAAUGGCUUGAACUGUGGAACAGUCGAUCCUAUUUCCUGGCCUGUCUUUGUGGCAGGUGUCGAUGCCAGUAUCACAGUAUCGGAUCUGGAGUGUCAUCAGGCGGUUCAGUAUUUGCAGAAUCAUGGAAUAGAUGCUGGUCCAUGCGGAGCCGCGUCGCUUGCUGCUCUGAGAAAAGCAGCCGCGAUCGAUCCCCGAGCCGCCAAUCUCGACAAGGACGCUGUCGUUAUCUUGUUGAGCACAGAAGCGUCCAGAAACUAUCCUAGUCCUGCUCCCGCAACCUUGCUCUAA